AACAACAUAACACAGAGUACAAAUCUUCACCAAUUGACACAACACAACAAAGAAAAAAAUAACUCAAUCAAACACUUCUCAACUCGUUUUCGUUUUCGUUUCUUUUUCCUUUUGUUUUCCAAUUUUCUAUAUAACCAAACAAACAACAUUAGUAAAUAAAAAUGUCCAAAACCAUGCAACAACCAGGCUCUGGUUCUCUGCGUUGCGACCACAGUAAGCCAGAUUCUAAACCACUCGAUCUGAACGGUUCUACAGUCAAAACCGCCGCACAUAAACUCCCACGCGGCGGAAAAGCCAUCUGCCGUUCCGAAGAACUAACCACCGCACCGGCGAAAAUUUCGAAGCCAGGUCAUCGGAGAACAGUUUCCGACGGAGCUCCGUUAAUAUACUCCGGCGGUAAUUUGUUACCGACCGGAAACAUUUGUCCAUCGGCGAAGAUCCUUAGACCGGGUUUACCUUCUCGUGGACCGAACCGGACCGAUGUUUUGGGUUCCGGAACCGGAAACUACGGUCACGGAAGUAUAAUGCGUGGUUCUGGAGGAUCAAAUCAUGUGGCUGCCGGUGCACCGGUUACGGUGAAACGUGCGAUGAGUGGUUUUGAUUCGGAGGAAGUGAAGAGAGUUGGAAAUGAGAUGUAUAGGAGUGGUAAUUUUGUGGAUGCUUUGGCAUUGUAUGAUCGUGCUGUUUAUUUGAUGCCGGGAAAUGCCGCUUACCGGAGUAACCGUGCCGCGGCGCUUACGGCAUUGGGAAGGUUGAGUGAAGCCGCUAGGGAUUGUAUUGAGGCUGUCAAGUUGGAUAAUGGUUAUGCUAGGGCCCACAAUAGACUUGCUUCUCUUUAUUUCCGUUUUGGGCAAGUUGAGAAUUCGCGGCGACACCUUGUUUUAGCUGGCCUGCAGGAUGAUCAAUCGGAAGAGAAGAAGUUGUUGUUGUUGGAGAAGCAUCUGAAUCAAUGUGCGGAUGAUCGGAAGAAAGGUGAAUGGGAAAGGUUAAUAAGGGAAGUAGAUGCUGCUGUUGCGGUUGGAGCGGAUUUUUCACCUCAGCUUGUGGCUUGUAAAGCGGAAGCUUAUUUGAAACUUCAUCGACUUGACGAUGCUGAAUCUUGUCUUUCAAACAUUCCCAAGUUGGAAGGUUGUCCUCCAGCAUGUUCUCAAGCCAAGUUCUUUGGUAUGGUUGGUGAAACAUUUGUGCAUUUUGUCUCGGCGCAGGUUGAUAUGGCCUUAGGAAGGUUUGAGAAUGCUGUCGCCGCAGCUGAAAAGGCCAGCUUUUUAGAUAGUAGUAAUGACGAAGUUGCUACAAUUUUAAAUGUCGUGGAAAUGGUGGCGAUGGCGCGUUCAAGGGGCAAUACUCUUUUCAGCUCUGGCAAAUAUAAAGAAGCUCAUGAUGCUUAUCGAGAAGGCCUCAAAUAUGACGAUUCUAACUCUGUUCUAUAUUGCAAUAGAGCUAUUUGUUGGUUUAAACUCGAACAAUGGGAAAAAUCAAUUAAAGAGUGCAACAAAGCUCUUAGCUUUCGCCCAAAUUACACCAAGGCUCUUUUGCGUAGGGCCGAGUCUAACGAAAAGCUUGAAAUAUGGGCCGAAGUUGUUAAAGAUUAUCAGGCCUUGAAACAAAUACUCCCUAAUGACAAUGAUGUUGCUGAUUCUCUUCGGCGGGCUCUACGAGCAUUGGAAAAAUCUCGUAGAGUCGUAAACGGUACUAAGUUUGGAGUUGAAGUUGAAGUUGAAGAAAUCACUGCAUUAGAUAAAUUUAAAGCUGCUAUUGCUUAUGCUGGUGUUUCGGUAGUUCAUUUUAAAGAGGCACCAAAUGAACUUUGUGAAGAAAUAUCUCCAUUCAUAAAUACAUUAUGUCUUAGAUAUCCCUCUAUUAAAUUUAUCAAGGUGGAUGUCGAGGAGUGUCUAGCGAUAGCGAAAGCAGAAAGCAUAAGAAGCGUUCCAACUUUUAAGAUUUAUAAAAACGGAGAGAAAGUGAAGGAGAUGAUUCGCCCUACCCUUCAAUUCUUAGAGGACUCGGUAAAGAAAAGUAACUGUCUAUAGAUUUUAGAAUUCAAUUAAACUCAUACUACUCAUUAUUUAUCCAUUCACAAGCAAUUAAACCAUAGCAAUGGAAGAAGGUGCUACAUAGAAUGCACCAAAACCCUCUUUAGUUCAAACUAUAGGAAUUUCAUCUUUCCAUGUGAUACUAACAUGGAUACCAAUUUGUAAGUUCUUUUAGGCACGAAAACCCUAGAAAGAAAGAGAUAUUAGUUAAUUAGCAUUUUGAAAUCAUUUAUGUAUAUCUUUUGCACAGCAUCUUUGCUUGUUUUUUACAUUGUUUUCAUUCAAUGUAUCAAACUCAAAUUUAAUUCUUGUCUUUUAUUUUGUUGCUUGAGGCUGAAGAAAAAUGCUAAACACAUUUGGCCUGCAAAACAUGAGGCAGAAAGAUUUGGUCAUUAAACAUA